AUGGAUGUUGAAUUUCUUUUAAACUACCCUCAAAAGGAUAUUAUUUCAGAUUUGUUGACAGACGAAGAAAUAAUUGAGAGUGUCAUGGGAAAAGGAGAAAGUGAUGAUAUGGAAGUGGAAGAUGAAAGUAUAGGUACAGUGCCAUCUUCCCGUAAAGAAGCUAUCAAAGCUGCAAAGAUAUUGAAUAGGGGUGAUGUUGUGGAAAUAGAUACUUGGCUUGGUGGUGCACCUGUAACAGGUUUCGCUAACCAUUGGCUUCUUCGUAACGCCAAUACCGGUGAAACUCUGGCUAAAGCUAAUAGUGUGUCGAUUAUGAUGAAUAAAAAAACAAGAAAAUUGUCCAAAAUGCCAGAGGAAGUAAGAGAUUAA